AUGACAAAACCAAGGGGAAUUAAGUUCAACCAUCGAAAUGGUCGCGCCGGCAGUGAUGGUCGCAGAAGCAGUUUCUCAGAUAUCAGCGAGGCCGCCUCGGAGCCAAGCUCUCCAAAGAUCUCGAAGACAGAUGGUGCAAGCGAUGAGAAAAACCAGGAGAGCAAUGUAGUUGUGCCGUCAGAAUACGAGAAGAAGAAGCAGACAUUUAUUACACGAUCAAUAUGGACAUUUGUGAUGAUCGGGGGGUUCUUUGCAUCUAUGUUCAUGGGGCACAUAUACAUCAUUGCGAUUGUCACCGCAGUACAAAUAAUAUCGUUCAAGGAAGUCAUUGCGAUUGCAAACGUUCCCAGCCGAGCUCGUCGAUUGCGUUUCACCAAGGCGUUGAAUUGGUAUUGGUUGGCGACGACGAUGUACUUCUUGUAUGGCGAGAGUGUGAUUUACUAUUUCAAGCACAUUGUGUUGGUCGAUAAAGUCUUGCUGCCCUUUGCGACACAUCACAGAUUCAUCAGCUUUAUGCUUUAUACCAUUGGGUUUGUGUUCUUCGUCGCUUCUCUCCAAGCCGGACAUUACAAGUUCCAGUUUACGCAAUUUGCCUGGACUCACAUGGCCCUUUACCUUAUUGUGGUCCAAGCCCAUUUCAUCAUGAACAACGUUUUUGAGGGAAUGAUUUGGUUCUUCCUUCCAGUAUCUCUCGUCAUCUGCAAUGACAUAUUUGCUUACAUCUGUGGUAUCACUUUCGGUCGAACACAGCUCAUUAAACUCUCACCCAAGAAAACCGUGGAAGGAUUUGUUGGUGCCUGGAUUCUGACAAUCAUUUUCGGUGUCGGUAUGACUAAUGUCCUCAUGCGAUACAAAUAUUUCAUUUGCCCAGUAAAUGAUCUUGGCGCCAACCUCUGGACUGGUCUUGAGUGUACUCCAAACCCAGUUUUCUUGCCUCAUACCUAUCAACUUCCCAUCUGGUUUCCAGUCUGGAAAUCCUUCUCCAUUGCACCCAUGCAGGGUCAUAUCCUUGUCUUUGGUACCUUUGCAUCACUCAUUGCACCAUUUGGCGGAUUCUUUGCUUCUGGACUCAAGCGGACUUUCAAAAUCAAGGAUUUUGGCGACUCGAUUCCUGGACACGGUGGAAUUACUGAUCGUAUGGAUUGUCAAUUUAUCAUGGGUUUCUUCGCCUACGUUUAUUUCCACAGCUUCAUUGCCAUCUACAAAGUCUCACUUGGGGGUGUCAUCGAAACAGUGAUUAACGGUUUGACACCAGAAGAACAAAUGGAGCUGGUUAAAGGAAUUAGCAAGCAUCUUUACAACCAAGGAGUCAUUGCUGAGGGGGUAUUGGAUUGUCUUAACGUGGUUGUGAGCAAGAUAUAA